AUGGCUCAAGAUUUGGGACUCCACCGACAGGCUAAGGUCAUCCAGAAAGCGCAAUUACCACUGGAAGAGACCCUUGAUUUGCUGUGCCAUAUGGCUUUUACUCUUGGCCGACCUCGAGCAAUUAAUAACAGUGAUUGUACGGUCAUUCCACCAUCAGAUCGCGAUAUCCCUGCAGAUCCAUCGAGAACCAUUCCAACAGCUUUGUUCUCUCAUGAGCCUCCUUCAUCCUUCACACCACAUCUUUUCCAGUACGCCGUCUGUCAGCAGAUCCAUGAAGCCAUGUCGCUAGGCAUUCAUGUACGCCAUCUCGAAGAUUAUUGUUGGGUCAAGAAUUUGCAUGAACGCAUCUUGACCCUACUAAGAAAUUUACCUCCCGUGCACAGAGUGGUAAACCCAGACACGUCCUGGGAUUUAACCCAUACGCACAUUCCUAAACAACGUCAACAAAUAGCAACCGCCGCGCAUUCAUUCCUGCUGGCCCUACACAAACCGCAUUCAAAGACACAUUUGGCCAGCCGUAAUGCUGCGAUUGAAUCGGCGCUUUCCAUAUUGGAUGCACAAGAACGCCUCUUCGACCUUAUGGCCACGCAGUAUUCUAAUAUCUAUGCCCUCUCUGUCUACACUGUUGACGCCUCUACUUUCCUGUCUGUCAUCACUCUUCAAUACCCACCAUCAGAUUCUGCUCUGUCAUAUCGGAUUGAUCAUGCAAUCGAGAAGGCUAGACAUCGUCUUGAUCUGGUGAAAGAAAGGUUGUCUCUAGCAAGUUCAGCGUUACAGGUUUUGAAUCUCUGCCAUCUCAAAAAGCAGUCUUUAUCACAGCCCGAGUUUCAAGCGCCCGGACUUGCGACUCAUCAACCCAGCCAGAUAGUGGAUACUGCUGCUUCAGGCUGGAUGGGUAUCGGAUACCCGUCUAAUACUACCACGGCAAGUCCCGCAGAUUUCCAUGUAUCCGGUACCAUGUUAUCUUUUGAACCCAGCCACAUCGACAGUGCGGUGAUGUCUGAUGAUUUCACUCUGUCAAAUUUCGACAUUGAGUCGUGGGUGCAACAGAUGGGCCAGAUGGACGGUGUGAAAUGGGAUUAA